AUGCUUAAGUGCGACCGACAAGGAGUGCUGUACGGUAAUAAAUCGAACAAGACUUUCGUUGGCGCAAUCGACAAUGGCACCACCAGUACACGAUUCCUUAUCUUCGACCAGUUGCCGAGCAUCAAAUCGAGUUUCAACAGCAUUAUCCACACUCCGGCUGGCAUGAACACGAUCCCCAGGACCUUGUCUCUUCGGUCUGCACUUGCAUUGGCUAAGCAUGCGCCUCCUUUACCUCUCAAGGACACCCGUAGCGCGCACAUUGUGCGCGAACUCAAACAGAAGCCGGGGGCAGAUGAGCUCAUGGAACUUCGUGGUCUCCCGCUGUCGACAUACCCAAGUUCCACGAAAGUAUUAUGGAUGUUAAGUCACGUUGACAAGGUGAAGAAGGCGUACGCGGAAGGAAGACUGGCCUUCGGGACGGUGGAUACCUGGCUCGUGUACAAGUUGAACGGCGGCGUUGAAAGAAAUGUCUCCACUUGCCGAAAAUCGUUCCCUCGUCAGACCCCGAGGCAUACGGCACGCUCGCAGAGCAAACUCAAGGGAGUCAAAAUCACAGGCUGCUUGGAUGACCAGUCGGCCGCGUUGGUGGGACAAUGUGGCCUUUCCCCCGGCCGGGCAAAGAACACGUACGGCGCGGGAUGUUUCCUUCUAUACAACGUGGGCGAAAAGCCCGUGAUUUCGACACACGGCUUGCUCGCCACGGUGGCGCAUGAUUUCUCGCCGCAGGGCAUCAAGCCCGUCUACGCGCUUGAGGGAUGCAUCGUCGUGGAUGGCCCGUCGGUCAAGUUCCUCGUCAACAAGCUGGGCUUCGGCAGCGAGUCGUACCAGAUCUCCGACCUGGCGGGGACGGUCAAAGACAACGACGGGCGUGUCUUUGUCACGGCAUUUUCGGGCCUGUUCGCGCCGUACUGGUACGACGACGUCAAGGGCACCAUAUUCGGGUUGACGGGAUACACGGAGAAAGGGCACAUCGCGCGGGCUACGUUGGAGGCGACGUGUUUUCAGACCAAGGCGAUCCUGGACGCGAUGGAGAAGGACGCCGGUGUCCACCUGAAGGAGCUGGCCGUGGACGGGUGCAUGAGCAACAAGGAAAUGAAUCACGAAGUUGACGAAAAGCAUUGGUUGUCCACGCAGACGCAGUCCGACAUAAUCCAAAUCCCCGUCGACCGGCCCCAGAUGCGCGAGACCACGGCCGUGGGCGCCGCCAUCGCGGCGGGCUUUGCGGCCAAGGUGUGGUCGUCCUUCGACAAGCUGAAGGAGAUCAACGCCGAAGGACGACACUUUUUGCAGCCCGGCAUCUCCAAGCGCGAGAGUGACAGGCUGUGCAGAUGUGUCGAGGGUGGAUGGACGAGGACGAGGAUGAAGAGGAGUGGGAGAGGAAGACGCGUGGAAAACAUAGCGAGUACCUAG